GAGGAGGCCAAGGGCCGUGGCACGGAGCUCCGGGUGGAGACAGACCUAAUCACAGUCAAAACAUCCACUUCAGCACCUCCUCCAGGAAUGCACCCCGCGCUGCUGGCGGGGUGCGUGUUGGUGGUCCUGACAGCGAUCGCGCUGGGCGCGGGGAUCUGGAUCCGCCGCCGCGGGCACCGGGAGGCAGAGAACCCCCUCUACAGCAACAUCCCACGCCAGCCGCGUCGGGCCCGGAGGACCGAGGUGGGGGCUGCAGAGGGGAGGAAGCAGCUGGACAUCCCCAGGGAGGACCAGAAGGCUGAGAGCUUCUAUUCCACCUCUUUCCCCCGGCCUCCUAGCCCCCCGCAGAAUCGCACUCCAGCCCCCAGCCCAUGCCCCAGCCCCAGGCCCAGGCCCAGACCCCCCAUCUCUGCAGGCAGAAUCUCCCCCCACCCAGGGCCCUAUGGGUAGCCAGAGGCAAGAAGGUUCCUUUAAGUGGAAAGAGGAAUUGGAAUCCCCAGAGAUCCAGUGAGGCUCUCCCAGUGGGCACGUGAAAAUGUAACUUAUUCCAGGGGGAUCAGCCACUCACCCCGAGGUCACUGUCCUCACCCAGUCCCUGGACCUGCCCCUGCUCCCAGUACAGUCAAUAAAAGCUCAUGA